UAACGCGGCUGCUUUGCAAUGCUACAUCUGUAGACUCUUUCAAAAGAAAUUUGGACUAGAUGAGUGAUCAGCAGCUCUAGGACUAAUAUAACUAAUCCCACCUACUGUCUUCCGAAAACCGAAACUGAAACUGAGUUCGAUUCCAAGUUUGUCCAUUGUCAUGGUGUGUAAGGCAGUUUAACACCGGCCUAUUUGGUCUUCAAGGUCAUGUUCGAUCCAGGAUCUUACCGUCCUAACCAUGACCCACCAGCCGGGAUGGAGCCAUAUGAUCUUCCUAGAGAAGGAGAUUUAGGAGCCCUCAGUAAUGCUCAACAGGGAGCAACAAAUAAGCUCAAAGCUCAAACUCGGUUAAAUAAUGAGCAUUAUUUACGAAAACAUCCAGAAAUAAAAUACAUGAUAACUGCAUUUCUGAGAGAUAUUUUAACAAAACAGCCUGAAGAUGCUAGAGAACAUUUUGUUGAUUUUUUUACUAGUCCAAAUCUUGAGUCGAAUAUAGAAAAUAUCAAGAAAGAAUUCACAGAUCAGUAUCAUGACGACCAAGUUAUACGCUCUAUGGCCCAAGAAAAACAGCAACCAGAAAUAUAAUUUAUGUUUUAUUUAACUUUGGAGAAAAAACUGAGUGCAUGUAGUCUGUAAAUCGUUAAACAAAUCGAUGAGUUUUGCUUCAUUUACUUCUCCACUCCAGAUUUUUGUUCACAAACAUUUAUCUAUCUUUUCAGUCGCUUGUAAAGAUAAUUUGAAUCAUUCGAUCCUUAUUUCCUGUACAGUUUAUUUGGUAACAGUGGUGGCACUUCCAAGUUUAUGGCGUUAUUUGAAAGUAUUGAAGGGCACAUAAGUUUUCUGGUGGUUGGUCACUGUUGCGUCUUAAAUGUUGUUGAACUACAAUAAAACCGUCAGAUUAU